AUGAAGAAGUCUCCUAAUAGCGCCUUCUUCAUCUUCCUCCGAGGCCGCUUAGCUGCUCUCAGUGGCGAUUUUCAGGGGGCGAAAGACUAUUUCUUCAAGUCCAUAUCCUGCCAAACAGAUUUCCACAAUUUUUAUCACAUUUGCUACUGGGAGAUGAUGUGGUGUCAUUGUGUUCAAGGCGAGUGGAUGGAUGCGACGAAGUAUGCAGAAAGGCUAGCCUGUGAGAGCAAGUGGAGCAAUGCGACAUAUCGUUACCUUCAGGCGGUUUUCAUAAUCCAAUUCCUCGACCAGGAACGCGGAGCUGCCGCCGGUGCCAAGAACUCCUCCCGUAAGUCCUCGGUCCUGGUGCCAAUCAUCUUCGAUCCCAAGGACGAUGCCGAUGGGGGGAUUUUGGCUAAAACUGUCGAGGAUCUGCUUGAAAAUGUGCCACAGAUGAUCCAACGAAUAGCUGGAAAGUCCCUCCCCAUUGAAAAAUUUGCCAUGAAGAAGGCACUGAGAUUCUUCGAACAGGACAAGAGACUUACCUUACCCGGUUUAGAAAUCAUGUACCUCUGGAGUGGUUUUAAACUCAUUAAUGACAACCCAGACCUGGUGAAUAAAUUCCUCCUGAUAAUCGAGGCCAAGUUACACAGUCUCGUCGAUAAUCAAGAGAAAAUAAGCAAUUACGCAGACGAUUUUUGUUUGGCCACCCUCCUCAAAGGCGUGUGUCUUCGGUGCCUACGAAAGCGCUUCCAAGCGAGGAUGUGCUUCACGGAAGUUCUAAUGAAUGAGAAAGCAAUACACCUGGACAGGUACUUGUUGCCAUUUAGUGAGGUUGAGCUCUGUCAAAUAGCCUUGGAGGAGGGAGAAGUUGAUGAGGCAAAGUCACACCUUGACAAAGCAUGGAGCUACACCAAGUACAGCUUGGAGGCGCGACUGCACUUCCGUCUGCACUCCCUGACUGCACAAAUAAAGGCUCUGAAGGAUCCAAAACAACGCGUCAGUAAGAGUUUACAGGGCACUCCAGUGAGUUCAUGGCACAACGGACUCAACAAAUUCACCGAAAGUGAUGAAAACCCCUUCGAUAUCCAAUUCAACUCCUCACUUGGCAAUGACGAUGACAACCAGAUUACCCUUGAGCUGUAG